UCCACAGACGAUUCGGGGGUCGAAUACUUUCCGAUCUCGCCCACUUUGACACGGAUCCGCGUUCACCGAAAAAACGUCACAGCGCCUGCCUCCUCAACGGCCGCUUUGUCGCCGCAUGAACGAUCGUUCGCCACGAAAAUGGACGUUCGAUCGACCGUCGCGCGAUCGAAGCCUCACAGAGACGCCAGCCUCGCCAAUUCACAGGGUAGAACAGUCUCGAAUGCGAGGCCACCCUCCCCGCCUCGAAGACAGUCUUCCAGAAACAGCAAAACCUUGAAACUGUACGCGUCGAGCGUGUCGAACGUGAAAUACCAAGCCGCAGCCGGCGUCGUUCAGUCGUUCAAGUCCAGGCAUAAACAGUGUUUCGCGGAGGACCUGUCCAACGUUGGAUCGCCGAGGGAACGGUUUUGCAGCAACCUCGACAGGUUCAGGAAGAGCCGUGAAAGCCUCGCGGCUUCCACUUUGUAUCGGGCGUCGUCCAACAGCCGGAUCUCGCCUCUGCCGAAAGUUUCCACGCCGGUGUCCGUCCCGUUCAGCAAGAAGAAGAAGUCGGACUGGUGUCUGUCGCGAAGUUUGCCCGACGCAGCUGCAGCUGCGGAAAGUUUCUCGGCGGAUGCGAACCGAAGUCGUGUCGCCGCCACCUCGAGAACUGGCUACGAAUAUUCGACGAGACGCAGGCUCGAUGAUAAAUCGUUCCCUUCCUCGGCAAAAUCGAAGGUGAAAUCGCACGAGGCCACGAACGGAGUUGGCGGCGCCGCAUCCUCUUUGAAAAAGGCGAACGUUCGGGGUCGUUUGACGAGAAAGGAGCAGGAGGAAUCGUCUAGGAGGCUCGCCAGAUCCUCGGUCGAUUUGUCUUCCGUCGAGAACAGGAAGCAUUUGCAGAGAUACAGAGACAAAAGUCAAGGCAAGGACGUUGAAACGACGGUGCUGCCGUCGGGAACAGUUGUCAAGAGUUCCACGAUGAUGUACUCGUCGGCGUUGAGCAGUGGAAAGCAGAGGAGUUCGCAGGACAAGUCGUUGAAAGUGGUGGUGACAGUGUCGUCGAAGGGGCAGGAGAUUUUAAGAAAACCAAUCGAUUCGACGCCGGCGGCAAAGUCCACGUGUUCCUUAAAAUCCUCCUCCACUGCGUCGUCACCGUCAGUUGCGCGCAGAACGGUGUUGACGGACGUUAAGAAACCGAAGACGAUAGUCAGACAUCCGGAGAAAAUGAGCUCCAGCAGGGAGUUUACGUCUUCCUCGGAGGCAGUCAGCGAAUCGGGCAAGAGGAGGAGACUGCGACCGCAGACUAUCGUCAGGUCUCCCGUGCAAAAGCCAGAAACCAUACGAAUCAAUCCUGAUGCGAAUAGAAAGAAGGUCGAGGCGAGGAGGAAGUCGAAGAAGGAGAAGAACGGAGAUACCGCGAAGACAAAGGGAGCGACCAAUGGACGAAAGACGGACUCCGGGAGCGAGAGUGCGACGAGGAGCAACAUCGAAAACGAGGAGCCGAAUAUCCGGCAGAAGUCUUCCAAACAGUCGUCGACGUUCGACAAACAACCACCGGUGCUAACUGUGGAGGAGAUGAAGAAACAUCACGAGGCAACACGCUCCGACACCUUCUUUCAGAGCCUUUUCUUGAGGCCGAUCUCGAUUGAGGCAGCAUCGAGCGAGAACGUCCCACUCCACGGUAGGUCGAUCGUGAGCGAACGAGCGAGGAUUUACCAAGAAAACAUCCGCGAGGGCAGCAGGUCGGAGCCUUCGUUGAAAUCGUUGAGCAUCUAUCUGGCGCACAAACGUCCAGUGUCGAACUCGAGGUUCAGGAACUGGGAACGAGCGAGUGUAUCAUCGAGAAGUUCAAGCCCGUACGGUGGUGUCAGUUGGCCUGGGAGGUCCGUGUUUCAAAAGGUUAGCAAGUUCGACAGCCUGCUGGGCAUAGAUGACUUCGGAUCGUCGGCCACGUUGCGCAAUCGUAGUCCAGACUCCCUGGCGAUCAGGGAGCGUUUGAAGGAGAGAAGCUCGAGCGAGCCGCCUCUAAAGACACUGUCCGAGUGUUCCGAUUCGAAAGCUCCGUCGUCGCGAACUUCCUCACCAUCCCCGAUCAGAUCGCCAGCCUGCAGACGCAUUCGCGCGUUGAAGCAAGAGAGAUCGGACGUCCCUGGCGCGACAACCAUCGUGAGAAAGGUCCGAGCCAGAAGCGCCGGAGAGGCCGAGGAACUGCAAACAGCCAGAUCCAAGUUUGGCGGAUCGAAUUUGUCGUUGACCAGGAGCACCAACUCUCUGUGCGCGUCGUCCGUCGAUCGGGAGGAGUAUCAUCGGCACGUGCUCGAAAGAUUGCACGAGAGAAGUAGGUCGGAAAGGUACAGGGAGCUGCAGGACUUCUACUCGAGCUUGGAAAGACUGGGCGAGCUGGAGAGAACGUUCUCCUCCGGCGAUUUGAGACCGAGAAUGAGAAACGAGGAGAUCAUAGACUACGACAGGUGGAAGAAGAUCAGGUCGCAAGAGAAAGCCGAGGUGGAGUUCAGUGCCCUUUACGGGAAGCUGAAGGCUGUUCAGAAGGACAAGGACUUGUUGUUCAGUACCAGGGACGUCGCCAAGUUCAAAUGGCACGGUGACUGCAGUUUGAGGUGCAAGGAAAGAUCCGUCGAGAAUAUUAUUCAACAAUUCAAGAAGCUUCAGUUCGAGGAGAGCGAGCUGGAAUCCUCGAGGAGGAGAGAGAUCUCCGCGAGGAAAGACACGUACAAGCCGCUUUGGCGUGGCACCUCUGUGAUAAACGUGGCGAGCACGAUGCAGAAAAAGGUGAACGAUCUCACUCAGAGCGAGAGACACGCGGAUCAUUUGGAUGAACCGUCUCUGCAGAGAAGCCUCGGCGGCAGUAAGAAGUUUUGGAGCAGUUUGUCCAUCGAACAGGUGGCCACGUUGAAGAAACAGCUGAACGAGAUCUACGGCAGUGACAAUUUGCAAAGGCCUACGCCGUCCUCGACGACUUCGAGGACCAAUGCCGAUGCCAGCGAGCAACGACGAGAGAGAACAGAGAGAGCCGACAAGCAGGACUCUCUGUCGAAGUACGAAAUCGUCGUUCCGCCUGAAGUCAUCGACUCGACCGACGAUGGAAAGGGUCUUCACGUACGAUGUCACUCCAUGAUCACGUCGGACGUGUCGCCAGGCGAUCCGAAGACGCUGUCCGAUCGUUCGGAAACGAUGUUGAAGAGGAGCGGCUCGAUCAGCCAGGGGGAAAGCGUGGAAAAGUUCGAUUCCGUGGACAGGACUGUACACGGUGUUCCUUUGCCCAUGAGCGAGUUGGAGAAGAAGAGACUGUCGGUGACGCUUGGAAAGGAAGUUCUGGACAAAGUUUCGCGGAGGAGGCUGUCGGUGCCUCUGGCACCGCGCGAGACUCGAGGCAGCAUAGCAGCCGCGCUAGCUGCCAAGAAGAUUCCUAAAGUGACUCGUUCCUCGACUGCGCCGAGCGUAGCCGGCACGUCGCCGAGAAGCGUUAGUUACUCCCUGGAACCUUCGUCAAACGUCGAGGAUUUAUCGAGGACAGGCUCGAGGGUCAAAGAAGAGAAGAACGACUUCCUGUUGGUUCUGACGCCGAGCAACAAGAGUCCAUCCGACAGGCAGCGGGUGGAGAACGUUUUGGAGGAAUGGUCGAAGAAAUCUCCUCUCCUGGCGAUCGCUGUGCCCGACUCGUCAGCGCGUCAGUCGAAGAUCCUCGGCCCGAAUUCUGGCAGCGAGAGAGACAGCACGACGGGGAGCUCGGAGACCUCCGUUAGAACGGUCAUUCAACGAAACGCUGAGUCUCAGGAUGUUCCGACGAAGAUCGAAUUCUUCGAGAACGUCGACAAAAUGGAGGCCGGCCGGAAUAGUGGAAACAGAGAGCAAGCAAAAACGAAAGGAAAAGCAAAAGCAAAAGCAAAACCGGGAAGAUUGUGCUCGUCCCAGAGUUUCGCAGACUUGAGAGAAUUGUUCGGUGAGACAGAGUCGGCGAGGUACACGACGUUCGCUUCGUCGGGGUACAGAACACGCUCGGCCUCCCCGAAAGUGUCGAUCGGCAAGUGGAGUGGAGACAGCCCUGCACGGGAAGUGGACACGCGGCUCGCGCUCCUCCGCUCCUGUUCACGCGACCGUGAACACGAUAGGCCUCGCAGUGUCAGUCCGUGUCGCGCGACCACGCGAUCGAAUUCAUCGUGCAGCCUCGAGAGCAUCUGGUUGCGUAGUUCGUCGCCGGAUCCGGACAGAUACUGGCGCGCCUAUUUGAAGCUCGUGAGAAACGGGACGGUUCGACGACUGAGAGCCAGAUUCGAGAGCGCGGAGGACCUACGGACGAGAGUGGGCCCAGCGCCGAAACGCUUUCAAUCGGAUCCGGAACUGGCGAGGUGCCUUUUGAGAAAAGUGGAUGAGGGUAAGCUGAAGCCUCACGAGUUCGCGGACGUGGCCUGGCUGCGUCGCAAGUACGAGUGCCCCGCUCGUAGAGGAAGAGCUCGCCGGAGGGGAGGCUCGCCGCCGAUUCCGCGCGUUCCUCUGAGACGGGAGGACUUGUCCAUGCCUCACAUCGACGUUAUCAGCAAGACAGCCGAGCUGAAGGAUUCUUCGGCUGGUGCAUCGAACACCAUGACCAACGCUGUGGCCAGGAGGGCUGAGACCAAGGAGCUAGAGGCGAGGAAACCGGUCGGACGUAUGAGAAAAAAGUUCGAGAAGUUUGCUGGCCAGAAAACUUCGAUCCUCGGCGAGAUGUUCACCUCGUCGCCCGAUAUACACGAGCUGAGAGACAUUGCGCCUUAUCUGGCUGGCCGAUGGGUGGCGCACAGGUUUCCCAGUCGGCGAGAUAACAUGCGCUCGUUGUCGUCGCCGCCCGAUCUGGCUGGCAGGCGAUCCUCCCCUAAAACUGGAACGAAUGCCGCGUGCACUGGAACACAGAUCGAUAGCGGUGGCAAAGUGGCUGGCAAAGUACGCGGCUCGACGAGGAGUCCGUCGUCGAUCUUGAAGCAGUCGGACGGUUUCGCCAAUCAGCCGUUCGACCCUGACAAACACAGGCCGAGAUUUAGGUAUCAACCACCGCCGCCGCCACCUUCGCCGACCACUCGACGAAAAGCCGCCUCUUGGUGGUCGCCGAUUCCCAUCUACACCGCUCGACCUACCGUCACGUUCGAAGGUCUGAAUUUUCAUAACUGUUAAAAAAACAACAAACUAUUCCUCCUUAGAGAUGUCACGCUUGCGGACUUACGAUUAUCACGGUGCGUUUCGUUCGGUCGAUCGGAAGUGUCGUGUUUGUUGGUUUCGUCGCCAGGCGAAUUAUCUUUCUUUUUCAUUCGCUUUGGAAAACGCUGUUUGGAAAUUGGCGUGGAUCAUUUUGUUAUAGCGAGAGUUAUAAAGUUGUUUCGUUGAGUAGAGAGAGUAGUGUAAUUGUUGCACGAUGAUUUUCCCUUGGAAGGGAUUUUAUUUUGAUCUCGUUGGAUUUUGUUGGAGAUGUUAGAGUUUCUUGUUCUCCGAUAUUCGCGAAUAUAGAGAGAUUUGUGAAAUUUAGUAUAAAUGUUGGUUUGGGAUAGUUUGAAGAUCUUCAGUUUGCUGCAAUAAACAUUUCAAAAA